AUGGCGCUCACACGUAGCAGCGCCUCUCCGCUCUUGUGGACCCUCAAGGCCCGGCCCGCAUUCACCCCAUCCAUUGCCUCGACCAGCAUCAUCAUCCCCAAGCGCGCCUACGCAACCGAGACGACCACUCCACCGCGCAAGAAGCGCCUCGUAGUCCUAGGCACGGGCUGGGGCGGCUAUGCGUUCCUCAAAAACCUCUCCUGGUCUACGAUCCGCCAAUUCGACGUCAAAGUGGUCUCCCCGACCACGGCUUUUUCCUUCACCCCGUUGCUGGCACAGGCAUCCUGUGCAACACUGGACUUUCGCAGUGCCAUCGAACCUAUCCAUUCCAACCGGGCCAUCGAGCACCAUCACGCGUGGUGCGACGCGGUCGACUUCAAAGCUCAGAAGAUCGAGCUUACCUCCGCGUUCAGACCGCAAUUCAAGCUCUCCGACCCACUUCUGCCCCCUUCCUCCACAGGCCAGACAGAGGCAGUUGGCGAACGAGCAACCUAUUCUCUCUCCUACGACCACCUCGUGAUCUGUGUAGGCGCAUACAACGCGACGUUCGGCACCAAGGGCGUCAAAGAGAACGCGUUGUUCCUCAAAGAUGUCGCGGACGCAAGAGCGAUCCGGUGGAGAAUCAUGGGGUUGUUCGAGGCGGCGAAUACGAAGCAGCACCAGUAUGCGGAGGGUGGCGAGUUGAGUGCGGAACAGGAGGGGGAGUUGAGGAAGCUGUUGAGUUUUGUGAUUGUCGGAGGUGGGCCGACGGGGAGCGAGUUCGCUGCGGAACUGCAUGAUCUGAUCAAGGAAGACCUCUCUCGCCUGUAUCCAAACCUUCGACCCUAUCCGUCGAUCCACCUCCUCGACGCCGGCAGCACGAUCCUCUCGUCGUUCGACAAGUCGCUCUCGGACUAUGCGGUCAAGAAGUUCUCGCGCGAUGGGAUCGAGAUGCGGCUCAACGCGCGGAUCUCUCGCGUGGAGCGGGAUGCGGUGGUGCUCGAGGGGGAAGAGAGGGUGGGAGCGGGCAUGGUGGUUUGGAGUACGGGGGUGACGACUUCCCCGCUAAUCGAUGCACUGCGCGGGGUGGGGAAGGAGGAGAGAUCUGGAAAAGUGCUCACGAAUGACACGCUCAACGUGCUCGUUAACGCAAGCAGCCCUGCGAUCGGAGGAUCAGUGCUCCACCCCGACAAAUACCCCUCCUCCGAAGACGUGGGAGAGCUGGUCCCCCUCCCCAACGUCUUUGCUCUCGGCGAUUGCGCCUCUCAACAGUCCCACCCCCUACCCGCAACCGCCCAAGUCGCCAACCAAAAGGGCACCUACCUCGCCCAUCUCUUCAACACCAGCAACACCAGCAAACCCUUCGAGUUCGCCAACAAAGGCAGCAUGGCCUCCCUCGGCUCGCGCACCGCGCUCAUCGACUCGCCGCAGGGCAAGAAUUCGGGUGCCCUCGCAUGGGUUCUUUGGCGAAGUGCGUAUACGAUCAUGAGCAUGAGCUGGCGGAACCGCUUCCUCGUGCCUGCAAACUGGGCAAGCAAUCUGUUGUUCGGACGCGAUGUGGGGCGGUUUUGA